AUGGCAAGCAGGGGCACCAUCCUCGUGACUGGAUCCAACGGGUCUUUGGCAGUGCCCAUGGUGGAGCAUCUCCUUAAGACAUACUCACAAUUUACUCUAGUCUUGGCCGUGCGUAAUCCCUCAGCCGAGGAUGUCAACACCAGGCGACUACUCGAUAUAGUCGGGCCCUAUUGCGAUCGCGUGCACGUCCGAGCACUUGAUCUCGCCCGUCUGAGCGAUGUCAAUCAAUUCGCGAGCUCCCUGGCCACCGACAUCACCACCAGCAGGCUCCCUCCCCUAAGCAGCAUCAUCUGCAAUGCCUUCUACUGGAACCUCACGGGCGACACCAUCAACACCCGGGAUGGCUUCGAGCAGACCUGCAGCGAUGCCCACUGGCCCGGGAAAAACGGCCUCGAGACAUACCCCCCUGCCCUCCCGGACGAUCUCGACUCCUUAAGAACGGCAGCAUCGCCUCCCAAUGAAGUCAGCCCUGUCGGCGGGGCCCAGGGCCAAAAUCCCUUAGGCUGGGGAUUCCAGCGUUACGCUAUCGCAAAGCUAGCAGUGACUAUGUGGAUGUAUGCACUCAAUGCACGUCUAGAAGCUACCACAUGUACUCUCCAUGGUGUGACCGCGAUCGCCGGCAACCCAGGAAAUCUGAGCGAUUCUCGUGCACUGCGGGUGAAUACACCCGCGAAGCUGCAGUUCAUCUCCCGGUUCGUUAUCCAGCCUCUACAACCGCUGCUGAAAUACAAGGAUCCCACGAUGCGGACCGCCGCGGAGGCAGGCAUCGAUGCCGCGGAGCUGGCAGUUGAUCCCCAGUUCACUGGUGCGAAGGGUUACUUCACCUGGAAGAAGCAAGACACCAGCUCACCGGAGAGCCUCGAUGCGGUGAAGCAGCAAAGGCUGUGGGAGAAGACCUUGGAAUGGGUUGGACUUGCAGAGGAAGAUUUACCUCUCUAG